CACUUUUUGCCCUAAACUCCCCGCGUCAAAAAGUUAUUAAAAAUUACGCGAGAUUUGUAAACUUAAGCAAUCCACAUAAAACAAUCAAGCACUAGAAAAAUUAAAAGUUUCGAAAGCAGGAUUAUAUUUUCAACAAAUUGAACAUUUUGGAGCGUGAUAAACAGGUCAAAAAAGCACAAUGUCUGAUGAGGAAGUAAUUCGCCGGCGUUUACAAAUUGAUGGAGAUGGAACUGGUGAUGACCGCCGUUUAAACGACUUGUUGAAAACUUUCGUAAAAUGGUGUAACUCGACUGAUAGCGCGGAAAACAGUCAAGCUAUUCAUGAUCGAUUGUUAGCACAGCUCGCACAGUGCGAAUUUGCUAUGAAAAAAUCUGAUUUUUGCGCGAGUAUGAUGGAGCAAGAGCUUAAGAAUUACGCUACUAUAUCCGAUGCCAUAGAAACUGGAAUAGAAACAGCCAAAUCUCAAAUAAUUCAAAGUAAACAAAACUUAGUACUUGCCAAAAAGAUUCGCAAGAAUCGAAUGGAAUACGAUGUGCUGGCGAAAAUUAUUAAUCAUCAACCAGAUAGAAAAAAUACAAUUAAGGAAUUGGAUAUGCUGAAACAAGAAUUAAAUCAGCUACAAGAAAAAAAGGCUUCACUGGAACGGAAGCUAGGAACGAAGAAAAAGGAUUUUACUGUUUUGAUGAGAUCAAUUGUCGAACUUCAGAACAAAUUAGAUACUGUUGAAACAGAUGUUCAAGAUUUGGCAGAUGAAAAAAUGUCUUGUGACGAAGAACCAAUAAUUUUAACUGUCGAUGAUGUGCCAAGUCCAGACGGCAACGAUGUAAUCCUUUCUUCUCCUGAAAAAAUGUGCUAAAUAAUUUCUAAAAAAUAAAACAAGAAAAAGUUGUUAAUGAA